CCCACCACCAUGGGAGUCAAAGUCUCCAAGGCCCCAGAGGAAGGAUACAAAUUUUACGCUGCCAUUGUGUCAGCUCUUGGAAUGGACAGAAUAGGCUUCCCAGACAAGUAUAAGGAAACCAAGGUCAUCCAGGCAGCCAUGUUUCCCUAUCUGAUGUGCAGUUCAGCCAGCCAGGGAGAUAUUCUGAGUGUGAAUGAGCACAUCCGAGAGGGUGCAGAUGUCAUGACAAAAGACAGCGAUGGUCGGACACCACUUCACCUGGCUGUAGCAUCAAACAAAAUGGAAAUGGUCAAAUUCCUUCUGAGUAAACGAGCCAAUAUUCAUUGCAAGGACAAUUUUGGUGACACGCCAUUGAGGGAUGCAAUUCGUUGCCAAAGUCUAGAAAUGGUGGAGUUUCUGGUCUGCGAAGGAGCCUGCCUAACCAUUCAGAGUGAGGAACUGGGAAGAGAGCUAUGCUGCCUGGCCUAUCUUGGCGAUAUUAAGCAAAUGCAGAUCUGGAUUGCAGCUGGAGCACGCUUGAGCUACACGGAUUACGAUGGCCGCACUCCCCUUCAUGUGGCUGUCUGCACUAACCAGGUGGAUGUGGUUGUAUUUUGUAUAAAUAAUGGUGCAGACCAGAAGCAGAAAGACCUGCUUGGCAACCGGCCAAUUGAUGACGCCCGGCGCAUGGGUUACCUUCACAUUGCGAACCUACUACUGCAGCCCGAUGAGGUGUACUGAAGGACAAGGGGUUGGAAGACUGCCCAGCUGUCUAAGCCUGGAAGAAUACCUUGCAGAGCUUUGGGCAAUAUUCACAUCUUACAACAGCCCUGAACUAUGUAAACAUGUGCAGUAGUGGAUGGAUAAAUCUAACUGAAUUUCAGUAAUGUCAAAUAUACUGGAUAUCAUAAGCAGUACAUAGUCAAGAAAUUGAAAACUAGAACCUAUCUGUCAUCACUCCAUCCAUCCAUUGCAUUAACUUGCUUACUCCAAAAUAUAACCCACAGGCCCAAUUUAUCUCAGGAGACCUCCCCUGGCAAUAUUUGCAUCUGCUGCAUCUCACCUUUAACUCUGAGACAAAACAGUGGAGCAGGGUUCAGGUCUGCUUUCCCAGCAGCCCCACAUACCCAGGCACAGUUCACAGACAAAGUUACCAGCACGUUCACUGUCUAGGUUGUCUCUGUCUUCUCACAUUCCCAAUUAGUGUACAAAAUUGAAUUAACCUGUUCCAGCG